AUGAAGUUGAACGUCUCCUACCCGGCCAACGGGUCGCAGAAGCUCAUCGAGGUCGAAGAUGAGCGCAAGCUUCGUGUUUUCAUGGACAAGCGCAUGGGCAACGAAGUCCCAGCUGACAGCCUUGGUGAUGAGUGGAAGGGAUACAUCGUCCGCAUCACUGGCGGCAAUGACAAGCAAGGCUUUCCCAUGAAGCAGGGUGUGAUGCUUCCUACCCGUGUCCGACUUCUCCUCUCCGAAGGCCACUCCUGCUACCGACCUCGCCGAACUGGUGAACGCAAGCGCAAGUCAGUCCGUGGCUGCAUUGUCGCUCAAGACCUGUCUGUCCUGGCUUUGUCUAUCGUCAAGCAAGGCGAGGGCGAGAUCCCAGGUCUCACCGACGUUGUCAACCCUAAGCGAUUGGGACCCAAACGUGCCACCAAGAUCCGACGAUUCUUUGGUUUGAGCAAACAAGACGAUGUCCGCAAAUUUGUCAUCCGUCGAGAAGUCAUCCCCAAGAAGGAGGGCGCCAAGCCAUACACCAAGGCCCCCAAGAUCCAGAGACUCGUUACACCUCAACGCAUGCAACACAAGAGACACCGAAUCGCCCUGAAGAGAAGACGUGCCGAGGCGUCCAAGGAUGCUGCCAACGAGUAUGCUCAACUCCUUGCCAAGCGUGUGCAUGAGGAACGUGAGAAGAGAACCGAGCUCCGAAAGCGACGCGCUUCCUCCAUGAGAAAGUAA